CCGCGAGUGUGCUGUACAGCCAACGACUCCGCACCGCGCCUCCUCCACCGACCGGCCGGCCUCCCAUCCCAUGGCGGGCUACCGCGGCGGCUCCUCCUCCGCCUCCUCCGCCGGCGGGGGCGGCGCGUCGGCCGCGGCCUUCGCCACGCGGAUGCUCCUCCUCCUCACGCUGCUGCCGCUCGCGCUCGCCGCCUUCGCCUUCGUGCUCCAGUGGCGCGGCGGCAUGCGGGACCCGGCCGGCGCCGCCUGGCCCGACGACACGCAGCGCUUCCCGGGGAUGGAGAACAGCCCUCUCGGAUCCUCCUCCUCCUCCUCCUCCACUCGGGGCAAAGGCUCCUACUUCGCCGUCUCCUCCUCCUCCUCCGCGGCAGCAGACUGCGCCGAGAUCCUCGGCCGGAGCGCAUCCUCCCACGGAGUCUCGCUCUACGGCGGCUGGAGCUUCGAUUCUGAAUCUUCUAUAACUCCCAAGAUCUGUAUCACGGGAAGCACAUCUGCUGGCCUGCACCAGAUUCUUCCAUGGUUGUAUUAUCACAAGGUCAUUGGUGUUUCACAUUUUUUUCUCUUUGUUGAAGGAGAGGCUGCGAAGCCAGCUGUCACCUCUGUUCUUGAAUCUAUUCGGGGUGUAAAAAUCAUUUACAGAACUAAAGAACUGAAAGAGAGACAGGACAAAAGCCGCAUCUGGAAUGAGACUUGGCUGGGAGGUUUCUUUUACAAGCCGUGCAAUUAUGAACUAUUUGUUAAGCAAUCACUUAACAUGGAAAUGGCUAUUAUUAUGGCAAGGGAUGCUGGAAUGGAUUGGAUAAUUCACCUUGAUACUGAUGAGUUGAUUCAUCCAGCUGGUGCGCGAGAGUACUCUCUAAGGCGAUUGCUUUUAGACGUUCCUGACAAUGUUGACAUGGUUAUCUUCCCCAAUUAUGAGAGCAGCAUUGAGCGGGAUGACAUCAAGGAUCCAUUUACUGAGGUUUCAAUGUUUAAGAAAAAUUACGACCAUCUCCCAAAGGAUACAUACUUUGGCCUAUACAAAGAAGCAACACGUGGUAAUCCAAAUUACUUCCUCACUUAUGGUAAUGGAAAAUCAGCUGCAAGGGUUCAGGAGCAUUUGCGUCCCAAUGGUGCUCAUAGAUGGCAUAAUUACAUGAAAACCCCAAACGAAAUUAAACUGGAGGAGGCUGCUAUCCUGCAUUACACCUACACAAAGUUUUCAGACUUAACUUCAAGGAGGGAUAGGUGUGGCUGCAAGCCCACUAAAGAAGAUGUGAAGCGAUGUUUCAUCUUGGAAUUUGACCGAUUGGCCUUUAUAAUUGCAUCAACAGCUACUGAGGAGGAGAUGAGGAACUGGUAUCGAGAACAUGUUGUAUGGACCGAUAAGGACACCAAUUUGAAACUUUUGAGAAAGGGUGUGUUGACACGUAUAUAUGCGCCAAUGGCUAUCAUCCGUGGUCUCAAGGAAUCCGGCAUCUUCACCUCCGCAGUAACAUCAGCGAAAGUGCAGUCAAAAACAAAGUCGUCGAACAUGGGUCUUGAGAACAAGGAGUCCAUCCUACCCAAUGUAACAGCUGGGCAAUCCACAUUGGAAGGUGGCCAUGAGAAAUUGCAAGCAACUGUAAGAAAGAUCCUAGAAAUGGUUGAUGCCCAGGAGGAAGCUAUGCCGCCAAUGUCACCCCCCGGUUUUGUUGAGCUGAUUGAAAGCGCUUUGUCAUGAGGCCAUGUGAGAUUGAUCAGGCGAUCUUGACUGAUGUCGCUCCUGGGCAGAUGAAACUUUAACAAUGCAUAUGCAGCGUGGAACAUAUAGAUAGCAGAGGCUUGUUUGAUCGAUGUAUCUUGCGACUCCCCCCAUGCCUUGUGCUGAUGUAAAUUGCUUCCAUCACGUGGGCUGGUAAGCAAGUGCAAGACAUGAGAAUAACAUACUCACUGUAAUAUAUACAACAGAAAUCAGGCGAAUCUUUCCCCGGGUUUAAGUUAUAGAUUGAUUGAUGUUAAAUUUCUACUGA